AUGUUUCUUUUCUUUUUCUCUUUUUUUUUUCCCUACUUAGAUGCUGCAUCUGGAUCUGGAGAAGGAGAAUAUGAAGGAUCCGGAACUGAGAUUCAUAGGAAACAUCCAAGAUGUGGAGCCUGCAAAUAUGGGGCUGAGUGUGAUGAAGAUGCUGAAGAUGUAGGGUGCGUGUGUAAUAUAGACUGCAGUGGGCAUAAUUUUAAUCCGGUCUGUGCCUCUGAUGGAAACUCAUACUCCAACCCAUGUAUGGUUCGAGAGGCAUCCUGUCUGAAACAAGAACAGAUCGACGUCAAACACCUUGGAAGCUGUACAGCAACAGAUGACACAAUCCCAGCUGGAAAGAAAGAUGAUGGUUUACAGUACCGGCCAGAGGUGAAAGAUUCCGGUGAUCAGAGAGAAGAUGAUUAUGUGGGCAAUUACAUGCCAUGUUCUGAAAACUAUGUUGGAUACUGUGUACAUGGAACAUGUGAAUUCAGCUAUUCAACCCAGAAAGUAUCAUGUCGGUGUGACUCAGGAUACACAGGCCAAUACUGUGAUAAGACAGAUUUCAACAUUCUUUAUGUGGUGCCAAGCAGACAAAAGCUCACUCAUGUUCUUAUAGCAGCCAUCAUUGGAGCCGUGCAGAUUGCCAUUAUCGUUGCUAUUGUCAUGUGCAUAACAAGGAAAUGUCCGAAAAACAACAGGGGACGUCGACAGAAGCAAAACCUCGGACACUUCACUUCAGACGCUUCAUCCCGGAUGGUGUAGCCUCAGUGUUUUUUCUUGUUUAUUUUUUAUACUUACAUUGACCAUGUGAUGUACAUUUUUAUUAUAUCUUUUUUUAAAGAAUGGAAAUAUUUAUUUCAGAGGCCUUAUUUUUUGACAUUUUAUAGUUUAGCCUUGUUGUUUGUCUGUUGUACUUGCAAAGCAUCAGCGCUGGCAGCAAUGGACUGAUAUAGCUUUUGUUAUUAUUAUUUUUUUUUAUAUUUCUUUUCCUGUAAAUGCAGUCCUCCAUUCCUGUGUAUUUUCUUUCGCAUGGUUGUAAAUUAGUCAUUUGACUCUUCAAGUGUCCCAAUUGUGAGAGCGUUGGGGUCCAGCCACACAAUUUGGAAAGGUUAGUUAACUAAGGGCAGUUCAAUGUUUAUAACUUUUUUGAUGUUAAUACAGUUUGUAAAAAUAACUUAAGCUGCCAAACUGAUUCAGCCAGGCACUUUGAAGUCUGGAUCUUAAAAUACAGUUUGCUUAGCAGUAUGACAUAGAACGUAUUAUGAAUCUGCGUAGUUGAAACUAACAAAAUGGCGGAUGCAAUAUUUAAUGUAUCCCCACAAAUGGUUGCUCCUAUGGAACACAGGCUCAGGCCUUUAUGAGGUUUACGAUAUGAAAGUAACAUCAAAAAUGUAAUGAACACCCAAGGCAUGAGCUAAAGGUAACAAUGUUUACAGUCUUUUUUUUAACCAAACUUCGUAGAAUACACUGUGUUGAAUAGGUAUUUUAAUGUUUUAUAGAGCUUAGUUAUGCUUUUACUUUCCUUUUUUUUUUUUUUUAAACACUGGCUAUCGCAUGAUAUGUGACUUGUAUUCUGUGAGUAGUUGUAACAUGUUGAAUAUGUUCUAUGGUUUCUAAUCCUAAUAUUUAUAAGCUAUUUGGCCUGUUCAUCCGGGGCUGAGGAAUGCAGUUGGUACAUUGAUCCGUGGUGUCAAUAACUGUAACUGUUUUGUAUAUCUUUUAUUUAUUUUUUAGUUAAUUGUGUCUGUGACUCUCUGUAUUUUAUACGCAACUGCUGAAGAGGAAAAAGAAAAAAAAAAUAUAUGAUUCGAGCACCAAAAAAAGACACCACACAAAAUACCAAUUGCUCCUGUGCCACAUUGGACCCUUGAGGAAAACAAAACUCACUCCUUUUUUAAUACAAAUGUAAUAUUUAAUAAUUUGGGAAGAAAAUGCUUCCUUAGCUCUGAUAUAUAUUGAAUCUCAACACUUUUGUUACAUUUAGAUAAAUGUUACAUUUAAUGUAAAAUAAAACUUGGAACUGUUGAUCAGCAUACUUAUUUAUGCAUACUGUUUAUUUGGACACCAUUACAAAAUUAAAAG